AUGGUUUACUCCUACCUGCAGAUUAGAUAUUUUUGCGCUUAUUGCAAAAAUCGAAUAUGGAGAUUGGGAAGACAAGGUUUCAAAUGUAUUCAAUGUAAGUUACUCGUACUGGUGCGUAAGAAGAGCCGCAAUACUGUAAAUAAACCGAAUCUAACAGGUUCUCUGUUUUUAGGGGAUCCCAACAAACCGCUUGAUGAAUUGGAACCUGUAUCCCAGCCCCAGUACUCCCUAGAUGACUUCGAACUCAUACGAGUUAUAGGACGAGGCUCCUACGCUAAAGUGUUGAUGGUAGAAUUGAAAGAAGUUAGGCAAAUUUAUGCUAUGAAAGUGAUAAAGAAAGCUCUAGUGAAGGAAGGUGGGAAUAUCAAUUGGAUACGAACCGAGAAACAUGUUUUUGAAACAGUUUCAAAUCAUCCAUUUUUAGUUGGUUUACACUCGUGCUUCCAAACUCCAUCGCGACUAUUUUUUGUCAUAGAAUUUGUUCAAGGAGGCGAUCUUACGUCACAUAUGCAAAGACAGAGAAGAUUACCGGAAAAACACGCCAGGUUUUAUGCCGCAGAAAUUUCAUUAGCUUUGAACUUUUUACAUGGCAAGGGUAUAAUUUACCGGGAUUUAAAGUUGGAAAACGUUCUCUUAGAUCAUGAAGGACACAUUAAAUUGACUGAUUAUGGCAUUUGUAAAGAAGGCAUUAGACCAGGAGAUACUACCUCAACAUUUUGUGGUACUCCCAACUAUAUAGCACCGGAAAUUUUAUGUGGUGAAGAUUAUGGAUUUUCUGUUGAUUGGUGGUCAUUAGGCUAUCUCAAACAAAAAAAAGUUAUACCUCCAUAUAAACCCCGUUUGAGUUCUGACAGAGAUUUGGCCAACUUUCCACCAGAGUUUACGAACGAACCAGUACAUCUGACACCAGAUGAUCGGAGGGUAAUCGAAAAAAUUGAUCAAUCAGAAUUUGAAGGAUUCGAAUAUGUCAACCCACUUCUUAUGUCUUUAGAAGAUUGCGUGUGACACAAUGUUCUUUGCGCUCUACAUCCCAGAAAUCUACCACCUCCACUCUCACGUUUUCCGCCACUAAUGCUGCCACCACCUCCACAUUUUCAGAAAUAUGGUGCAUAUAGAUACCAAUUCGAUUGACGAGAAUAAUCCGGAGAAUGCCAACGAAAGUAGGAAAUAUAGUAAUCCAACGAAAAAUAAAUCGAUUGAAACGAUUGAUAAUUUAUAUUGCGGUACAGGCUUUAUGGUAGUUCAUAUGGCUAAAUUUAUGCAGGCCACGUCGUCGACGACGUGCAAAUUGACCGGCAUACCUUUUAAUCUACAGAAUAUGUUCUGCCUCCCGUUGAAUGCUUGGCAAUAGUAUUAUUUCACUCUUUUUUUAUAUUGAAAUGAAUUUUCAACAAUAAAGAUUUACAACAAU